AUGACGACCAUCACGUCACUUCCCGCGGAGAUUCAAAGGCAAUGCAUCAAUUACCUUGACACCGUCGCUCUGAAGGCGAUACGGUUGACUUCUCAAGCUUUCAGAGACAUCGCGACUGAGGCCCUCUUUGAUGUGGCUACACUGGAUCGCACAGAAGAGAGUGUGGACAAGUUCGAUACCAUAAUCAACAAUGAUAAUCUCAGACGUUACAUCCGUACACUGCAUCUGGGCGCAUCAAGUAGCAUCCACUACAUAUUCGAAGAAUGCUAUCCAAAUUAUCCACCAAAGUGGUGGGAAGAAGCAGUCGCACGGUGGGAUGAUAUCGCUCUUCCCAAUGUCAAGAAGAUUUUGCUUGACACCGCCUAUGCGUGUGCUAACUCACAAUGCGCAUCUUUUGAACUGGCUUUUGCAAAACUCAUAUCCCGUGCAAACGUCAACACCUUGACAAUCAAGCAUCUGCAGGACUCUUGCAGACUGAUAAGUCUAGACAUUGCGCAUCUGCCUACCGUACCCAAGGAACUGCAUCUCUUAAUCACCACGUUGACUCACGAGCCUUCACCAGAUAUGGACAUCGAACUUCGUCACCGCCAUGCGUUUUUCAACAAUCGCUUGAACGCAGAAUGGCUAAAACCUAUGCAGCCCGAACUCACGCAUCUGACGCUUCACUGCAACACGUACUGGGGCGUCUACCCGCGCUGGCAACCCGGCGAUCUGCGCUUCCCCGCCCUCAAAUCCCUCGCGUUCGGCAAGUGGACCAUCGCCUUCGACUGGCAGAUCGCCUUCAUUACCGCGCACGCCCAAACCCUGCAACAGCUCAUCCUCACCGACUGCCCCAUCCUGCACGCCUCCCGCAUGACCCCGCGCCAGCACGACAACGCCUGGGCCACGCGCCUCCCCGGGACCUCGCGCGGCAAGCCGCCCACCGUCAACGCCUUCUGCGCUCUGCGCUGGCACCGCGUGCUCGCGGACUUCCAGCGCUCGCUGCGCAAGCUGAGGCACUUCGCCAUGGGCCGCGGCUCCGUCGGCGCCGUCUUCUGGGGCGAGGCGGACGGCAGUGUCGACGAUGCGUUUGACGCUCGCUACGGGCUGGCGCCGCGCAUCGAUGGUUCGCGGUAUACUAUCUUCGACUUUGGAGAGGGCCCGGUUGGCUCGAGUCGCGCUGGUGCUUCGUACCUCGCGCAGCCUGAGGGGCCCGGGGCAGGGUGGAAGUGGCUGCAGAAGGAGACGGAUGAGGAUGUCAGGAGGAUGGUGGAGUUUCCGGAGUGCUUGGAGGAGGAUCAGGCGGCUUUGGAGAGUCUGCUGGGUGUGUUGAGGGGGAGGGUUUGA